AUGGCGACUAACGGCGACUACCCAUCCGACGACGACACACCACCACAAUCCCCUGGCCUCGAGCCCCAAGCAGACGAUGAGAUCGAGGAGAGACAAAAAGGCGCGGCGCCACUGCCACGCUCGGCUUUGAAGAAGAGCAAUCAAGCAGCCGCCAUGGCCGCAUCAAGACCAGAACUCCCCGAGCAGCCAGACCCGAAAGACUUGGACGUCAAAAGCCUCACACCACUUUCACCAGAAAUCAUUGCGCGCCAGGCAACAAUCAAUAUCGGAACUAUCGGUCACGUGGCUCACGGUAAAAGUACAGUGGUGAAGGCUAUCUCGGGGGUGCAGACUGUGCGGUUCAAGAACGAGUUGGAGAGGAAUAUCACGAUCAAGCUGGGUUAUGCGAACGCGAAGGUGUACAAGUGUGACAACCCGGCUUGCCCGCGACCGACGUGCUAUAGGAGUUUUAAGAGUGACAAGGAGGUUGACCCACCAUGUGAGAGGGAAGGAUGUUCGGGAAGGUACAGGCUUGAGAGACAUGUCUCCUUCGUCGACUGCCCAGGCCACGACAUUCUCAUGAGCACGAUGUUGUCAGGAGCCGCAGUCAUGGACGCCGCAUUACUACUCAUCGCUGGCAACGAGCCCUGCCCACAGCCCCAAACAUCUGAGCAUCUGGCCGCUAUUGAAAUCAUGAAGCUGGGUCACAUCAUCAUCCUGCAGAAUAAGGUCGAUCUCAUGCGCGAGGAGGCUGCCGCGACACAUUUCGAAUCCAUCCGGAAAUUCAUCCGCGGCACGGUCGCGGACAAUGCUCCGAUCAUCCCCAUCUCCGCCCAGCUGAAGUUCAAUAUCGAUGCGAUCAACGAAAUGCUCUGCACCAAGAUCCCAGUACCGAUGCGCAACUUCCAGGACGACCCGCAUCUUAUCGUCAUCCGAUCCUUCGAUGUAAACAAACCCGGUUCCGAGAUCGAAGAGCUGCAAGGCGGUGUAGCUGGUGGUUCCAUCUUGACAGGAAUCCUGAAGUUGGGCGACGAGAUCGAGAUUCGACCAGGUAUCGUUUCGCGCGACGACAAGGGUAACAUCCAGUGCCGCCCGAUCUACUCCCGCAUCAUCUCCCUCUUCGCCGAGAACAACAGUCUCAAGUUCGCUGUCCCAGGAGGUCUGAUUGGUGUUGGUACCCGUAUUGAUCCAACACUCUGCCGUGCCGAUCGUUUAGUCGGUUUUGUACUGGGGCUGAAGGGCAAGCUGCCUAAGAUCUAUACUGAGUUGGAAGUCAACUACUUCCUUCUUCGACGCCUGCUUGGUGUGAAGACGGCCGAUGGCAAACAAGCCAAGGUUGCGAAGCUGGCGAAGAACGAAGUGCUGAUGGUCAACAUUGGCUCCACUGCUACUGGUGCGAAGGUCAUCGCUGUGAAGGCCGAUAUUGCAAAGCUGCAGUUGACAAGCCCGGCCUGCACAGAGAUCAAGGAAAAGGUGGCGUUGAGUAGACGAAUUGAGAAGCAUUGGCGUUUGAUUGGGUGGGCUACGAUUGAAGCUGGUACUACACUCGACCCGCAGACAGCCUGA